AUGUCCCUCGUGCACCUCGCAAACACCUGCUCUCAUCUCCAGAACGCCUCGCGCGCUCGACUCGGUCUAACCUCCAUCCCGGACACGAAAUUCCACCUGAAACUCAUGCUCGCACUCCAAAACUCGGGCUUCUUAUCGACCGUCGUGCGCGGCGGUCCAACACCGCCCCCGGCACACAACCUACUAUCCCACCCUUCCUCGUCCGACCCAUCACACCCCAUCGAUCCCGUCACACGACAUAACGUCGCCUCGCGUCGCCUCUGGCUGGGGCUGAAAUACUGGAACUCGGAACCUGUGAUCGGGAAGAUGGAGCUUGUCUCCAAACCAACGAGGCGGAUAUGGAUGGACGUGGCGGGCUUGAGGAAGCUGGUGUUGGGCCAGAAGAGUGGAUACGUUCAGGGAAUGACGCGCCCGGGAGAGUGCAUGUAUGUCAGCACGGACGUUGGGAUUCUCGAGGCAAGAGAGUGCGUGGAACGGAAGGUCGGGGGGAUGCUGAUUUGCCGGGUGCGAUAA